AUGGAAUAUACCACUCAGAUAUUCAACGUCCACGACCUAUGGAGUCUACAGAACAACAUGCCCCUCAGAGAAGGUCAACAAGCGACAAAAGACGGACAAGAAAAGCUUCCCAUUUUCCUUGUUAGUAUUGAUACCAUGAUCUCCACCAUGCACGCUAUCGGCAAAGGUACAGCCGACAAGUUAAAGGAGUCUCUCAAGACCAGACCCAAGACGGAGUUCGAAGAACAUAAGACUUUCCCCAAAACAGAAGCGGACAAAUCCCAUCUGAAAACAAUCGGCAAAGACUUGGAGGGAUUGAAGACGACAAUCCUCAGGGCCCAACCAAAUCUGAACUUAGAGAAAACGGAAUGGGAAAUCGCAACUGUCUCGGCCCUAUGGCUACUCAUCGACUUGCACUACCACAGCCAGCAACUAUGUUCAACUCUUAGUACAACUCGUUUAGGUGACUUCCAAGCUGAAGUGCUCGAGAAGCUGAAGCUAGAAUUACCCGAACGGCGGAAAGUCAAGUUCAACCCAGGCACAGGCCUUCCUGCCACCAUUUUCGUAUGUGCUGCCGAGGAAGGAAUGGUGUGGGGGGAAUGCAAGAUGCGAUGGUCCCCGUUUGAGUCUGUCAGCAACGCCUUCGGCAAAAUGCGUCUUGACCGUCUUGUUGGGGGUCUAGACAGCGAGUUGGACGACAAAACGAAUACACUGGGCGCCAUUUGGCAGGACAGCAAAAAUAUCGUUCACAACCCUGAGAGGUCUGCAAAGCAACAACCCCCAGGUAGACUUGCACGAUAUGAUGACCGAGUCAAAAACAGCGGAUUUACACCAUUCGACCACGGAAAUGAGCCGGGAGUAGCAUAUCGUGUUCGGCUUGAUGCCUCGAAAAUUACGUUCAGUCCGUGUUCUCCGUGUCUCAAAUGCUAUCACUUGUUCAAUUGGGGUGAGCGGACACAGGCAAGUCGAAACACUUUUUUCAGCCCCAACUUGAACUGCGCCGAAGACGACGUCCAUAUGCAGAUCGAACGUCGUCGCCAAAAGUCUGACGAACAUGGACGAACCUCUGGAAUCACUCCUUCACUCAACAACACAGAGGGACGAACUAGCUCGCCAACAACAAUGACGGACACAUGA